AUGGAGGCACGGGGGAUCAAGUUGGUAGUCAUCUACCUCGCCCUCGGCUGUCCUGCUCGCAUUCGCUUCGAAUACGACUUUAUACAGCCCAAUUCGACGAGAGCUCCCGCUUCCUCCUUUCCCACAUCCCUGCCCAAGGAGGCUAUCGCCAAUGGCGAGGGCAUCACUAACGGUCUUCGUCGCCUCCUUCACCUCAGUGCCAGCGAAUAUCUUAACCUUAAAAGCUGGAAUGAACCGGUUCGUCAGACCGAUACCGCCACAACGAAGAGUACAUCAGUAUCAAAAGCAUCUGGUAGACGGGCCAAGGCGCCGACAACUACGGCAAAGAUCACCACGGCUGUGCCAGUACCGCUCUCACAGGCUACUCCAUCAACCAAACCACCUCCCCAUGCUGCCGUAACGAAGUCAAAAACCGAGUUUUUGACGCCAGUGUCUCAUGUUCCUGGAGGGCACGAGAUUAUUUUGGUCGGCGAAGGGCAAAAGCAAAAGACCAAGAUGGUCGUUGCGCGACAGCUAAAUAUGCAACGGCCUGUGGUCCCACAGUCCUCUAGCAUUGGCGAUUCUGGCCUCACAGCUCCCCUCACGUCAUCGUCGUCUCCGCGUCCAAUCCUUCCGCUGCCGGCUCCAAAAUUACCCAUACCACCGCUUCACUCCGCCACCGCUGCUAUCGCCAACUUGCCUGUCUGUAAGGCGCCUGCCCCACCGCCCGCCACCUCGCUACAUGCGCUGCGGACCUUCAGCCAGAACCAAGCGCGGAGGGUGCGCAGACACCGCAUGGCCAUGGGCGCCUUGCGCAGACACAGGUUUGUCCCUGCUCUUCCAGUGCAGCAGAACCUGCCGUCCUCUCAACCGCUGGCUUCUUUUGCGGAGGCGUCAACAACGGAGAACAUUUCAUCGCAUAUGGCUCAGGGCGUAGCCGCAAUCAAUCCCGUCGCAGACAUACCCACCGCAGGGACUGCGGCGCUAUCUUCUCAGUCAAACCAGGGCGAGAUAAGCCUUCCCUUCUCUAUUGACGCCUGUUCGAAUGUGUCGACGAGCGAUUCGCUUAAGUCACUCCUGAACGCUUUCAUGGCGAAUGCUCCGCCAGGUCUAGAUCUGGGAACCCCCACCAAAGAGGUUCCUCAACCUCUCACUUCCCCAAAUUUCCUUCACUUCGCUCCCGAAACCCAAGCUACUACCGAUAUGGUCCAUCAGGAAGAUUCCUCUUCUUUCUCAACCUUCAUCAACACCCUCACGGCGAAUCAGCCAUCUGCCUCACAUUCCAUGGAACCGCUCCUGCUGAAUGACCCCUUGCAGCAAAAUAUAUAUCAGGAUAUGCUACAGCCAUCCGGGACCUCGACGCUGGAAAUGCCAUUGCACUCUGAGCUUCCAGUGGCUGGUGAAGGAGGAAUUGAAAUGGUCAAACAGGAUAAAACUCACUCAACCUCUCAGAAGCAAUGCUCACAGCAACAGGAGCUGGGAGAGGAAGAGCAACGGAACCCACUGCAAAUGCCCUCAGAACAAGUUGGUUACAUUUCUUCUGAAUGA